AUUUGUUGAGUGUUGUGUGCUAAUUUUUAACCUGAACAAAGAUUUGCGAGUACGGUAAGAACCUGCUGUAUGGUAGGACAAUGGUUAACCCGACACGUGACUAGAUUUGCAAUCGCUUGGAAGACAAAGUUUAAAAAACCUAACAUGGGUAAAGGCAAACUAGUGGUGAAUGGGUACACAGCUCCAGGCUUUGAGAAAGUUCGGGAAACAUUUAAGGCAAACUUGGAGUCAGGGCUGGAUCAAGGUGGCAGUUUUGCAGUGUUCUAUCAUGGAGAGCCCGUGGUAAACUUAUGGGGAGGCUACUCUGACUACGACUGCCGACGUAUGUGGAAAGAGGACACUCUUUCGACAUUUUACUCUUCAACAAAAGCUGUGGCUGCCUUUGUUAUAGCUCACUUAGUAGACAGAGGUUUGCUUGAUUACCAGAAGCCAGUCAGUCGAUAUUGGCCAGAAUUUGCACAAAAAGGGAAGGGGGCAGUAACUGUGGAACAACUUAUUUCAAACCAGGCGGGGUUGAUCACUCUGGACCAGCCAUUCUGGUUGUCAGAGUUACGUGAUGAUCCAGUCAAACUUGGCAGGAAGCUUGCAGAACAAGAGCCGUUUUGGAAGCCAGGGGAGAAGCACGGUUACCAUCCACUAACAUUUGGACUCUACCUGGACCAGGUUGUAAGGCACGCAGACCCUCAACACCGAUCGCUUGCUCAGUACUUUAACGAUGAAAUCGCGAAACCAUUUGACAUAGAAAUGUACAUUAUUUUGCCUAAAAAUCUGAAUCAUCGGGCCGCCAGAGUAAGGCUUGCACGUCCGUACACACGAGAUGAUUACGCCGUGGAGCAUGGUCAACAUUUCAAAGGAGAUAUGGCACUCUUCCAGGCCACAAAUGAUAAGACCGCUCUUGACUUUAAGACUACAUUAAAGAUGAAUGACCCUGACAUUCGUGAGUUGCCCUGUCCCUCCACGCAUGGCCAUGCCACGGCAGCAAACAUGGCCAAGCUGUUUGGUAUUGUGGCUAAUGGCGGUACAAAGGAUGGCAAGGCGUUACUCUCUCAAGAGGCUACAGAGAGGUUCACUAAGCCCCUUGUCGCGGGAAUAGACUGCAGUUUCGGUAUGGACGCGGCUUGGAGUGUGGGAACACACCUCAUAACCAUGGUGACAGGAAGCCAACCCCCAAACCACAUAUUUGGCCAUGGAGGAUAUGGUGGCCAAUACGCGGCCUGUGAUAUACGCCACAAGAUAGGUUUUGCCUACACGACCUGCUUUCUCGAUCCCUUCACCUCAUACAGUGAUAACGGUGAUGAGAGAAUGUAUUCCCUUGUAAACGUGAUGUACCAGUGUGUAUUCGACAAGGAAAAUAUGAAGCAAGAAUGGCGAUUGUUUCCGUUUCAUUCCAAGUUUAAAAGCUACAUGGAUCAGAAUCAAAUGACAAGCAAACUUUGAUUAAAAGAGGAUUGACGAGUAUAAUAACUUACUCAGGUUUAUCUAUAGACAGCAUUCUGUGAUUCACACCAUUAUUUAAGCAUUCUUAAUUAUUGUAUGAUUGUGAUUUCAAUUUGAUGCUUGAUAUAAUAAUAGGUUUUAAUUUUUGUAUCAGGAUAAUGUUUGACAAUAAAGAGAGUCUGUGGAGUCGGAGACAUGUGAUUUCCACUAGGACUCCAACAGUUUGGCAUUAGGAGUCCGUAAGACUGCUAGUACAUGCAAAGGAAAACUUUGAUAAUAAAUGCUAUUUUGCAUGCA